AACAGCUCAUGUGUUUACGAGGAGCCGUUUGCGGUGUGCACUUUCUCUCCUCUUUAAACUUCUCUUUCCGAAUCAAUUGCACAGAUACCCCUUUUUUUGCUUUCACGCUUCCCACGAACUUCCCAAUCUCUCUGAAACCCGUAAAAAAUCAACAUGGCGACGCACAACAUUGUGGUGUUUGCUGGCGACCACUGCGGUCCUGAGGUCGUCGCUGAGGCUGUCAAGAUCCUCAAGACGAUCGAGGCCAACAGCCCCUCGGCCGGCAAGUUCAACCUGCAGGAGCACCUCCUCGGCGGUGCCUCCAUCGACGCUACUGGCUCCCCGCUCACCGACGAGGCCCUCGCCGCCGCCAACGGAGCCGAUGCCGUCCUCCUCGGCGCCAUCGGCGGCCCGAAAUGGGGCACUGGCGCCGUCCGCCCGGAACAGGGACUCCUGAAGCUUCGCAAGGAGAUGGGCACCUACGGUAACCUCCGCCCCUGCAGCUUCGCCUCCGAGGCCCUCGUCGACUUCUCUCCCCUCAAGGCCGAGGUCUGCCGCGGUACCGACAUGGUCAUCGUCCGCGAGCUGACGGGCGGAAUCUACUUUGGCGAGCGUAAGGAGGACACGGGCGACGGCAAGGCGUGGGACACCGAGCCCUACUCGCGCGAGGAGGUCGAGCGCAUCGGCCGCCUAGCCGGCUUCCUCGCCAUUGCCCGCGGCGAGAAGACGGUGUGGAGCUUGGACAAGGCCAACGUGCUGGCGACGAGCCGCCUGUGGCGCAAGGUCAUCACAGAGCUGUUUGAGCGCGAGUUCCCCCAGCUUAAGAUUGAGCACCAGCUCAUCGACUCGGCCGCCAUGCUGCUCGUCAAGAGCCCCCGCGCCCUCAACGGCGUCGUCGUCACGAGCAACCUGUUUGGCGACAUCAUCUCUGAUGAGGCGAGCGUCAUUCCCGGUAGCAUCGGCCUGCUGCCCAGUGCCAGCCUGAGCGGCAUCCCCGACGGCAAGGGCAAGUGCAACGGCAUCUACGAGCCCAUCCACGGCUCCGCCCCCGACAUCUCCGGCAAGGGCAUCGUCAAUCCCAUCGGCACCAUCCUCUCCGUCGCUAUGAUGCUGCGCUACUCCCUCAACCUGCCCAAGGAGGCCCAGGCGGUCGAGGACGCUGUCAAGGCUGUCAUCGACAAUGGCGUGAGGACAAAGGACCUUGGUGGCAGCGCCGGCACUAAGGAGGUCGGCGACGCCAUCGUUGCAGAGCUGGCCAAGGCCCUGAAGGCAUGAGCUGCGUUGCCCGACUGGUUGUGGUGAGUGUCAAGUUCUGCAAGAGCGGAAUCCGUGCCCGGCAUGUAAAAUCAAAGAUAAGAAAAGGGAACGAGGAAGUGAAAAAGAAGGGUGGGAAAGAAAAAAAACAGGGGACUAGCUUAGGUGCGUGGAGGUUUUGUAUAGCUCGCUGGAUAUUGGUGCGAGUUGACCGAGGUAGAGAGAACAAAAGACCCGGUUGAAUCAUUUGCGUGAUUAUUGCUUUAGCGGCGAGUCUCCUUGAUUCAUUACAUAUCGCGACUGGGCUAAAGUCCUGCGACAC